AUGUUCCCGACGCUAGCAUGCCUGUCCAAGGCCUCUCGGAGGGCACUCACGCCGAAGCGCGGUAACAAAGAUUUUUACAAGGGCACGCGGCAAGCGUUUCUCCCCGGUGGCCACCGCACUGGUGCACCCGGAAAGCACGUCGUCCGAGGGAAGGCGAAGUACCGUUUGGUGGAUGAGCAGGUCAGGUUCUACGUGGCGCCGCCCAUUGAGGAGAUCCAGAGCUCGUCGCUCAAGCCCUACGUCUCUACCACAGUCCCCGUCUCGCGCGCAUUCACGAAGGAGCUGUACGGCAAGCUCCCGCGUGGGGGCCUCACUCCCGAGCACUUCUACAAGAUCGCUCCUCGGCUCGAUCCCGCUCAGGUCGAUGCACCCCAGGCGGACGCCAUCGCACAACCACAGCAAUAG